AUGCCGCUCGUCCCAGUGGAGAGCCCCGACGAGGCGUCAGGCCGGGCAUCCCGUCGAACCAGAAUGAUUUCCACUGAAUCUCCCGCUGAAAAUUCGAAGCAGCGGAAAACUGCAGACCGCGGGACAGCUGACAAGAAGCGCAAGUUGGAAGCCUCUAAUGAAAUUCCCUCGAAGAAAAAGAAAUCGACUACCAAGGAAAAAGCGGCUUCAAAGUCCAAGGAAAAGUCGAAUACUAAGAAAGACACCAAGAAGAAGACAUCCAACAAGAAGAAGAACAAUGCCAAAGAGGAGGUGAAUGAGGAGGUCGAAGAAAUUGCGACCGAAGAGAUGACCGUCAAGGAAACAGUCAAGACACUCCCUCCAACCAAAACAGUGAAACGCCGCCCUUUGCUUCCACAUCUCCUCAUCAAAGUUGAAGAACUGGACCUCGAUAGGUCAUACGUGGUUGAUGUUGACGAAGAAACCACGGAGGAAGUGGGGCCAAGAAACCCGAGGUGGAAACACAAUGGCUCGAGUCCUUUGACGGACUGGAAGAAGCUGCCAGCAGAUUGGAGCUCUUUGGAACCCGAUCUGAAAGACGAUGACAUUGAUAGCCACAUCGACAGGUGUCUGGAGCGCAUCGCUGAUAACAUUAUGCCCGGGUUGUUCGAAGAACGAAUGCACGAGUUGGAAUCCAAGCGCAAGAUCGCACGCGCUGGAGAAUCUCCUCUGUUGAGUUGGGACGUCAUUCAACGCGUCAAUCAACUGAAGGAACUGCGUGACUGGAUAUGGGAGAGCGACGUAAACAAUCAGCUUGCCAAUAUCUACGCCGUUCUUGUCGAGUACAGAGCGGGAAGGCUGCAGUGUGGCGGCACAUCUAAGGGCCUUGUCACAUACUGGUCUCAUGGUGUCAAGCUCUGUGAGCCGCGGCCUUUCAAUUGGCAUGAAUAUAAUGCCUUCUCCAAGAAAUACUUGGGCCCGCAUGGAUUCUGGGUUGAAGGUUACGAUCAGGUAGCUGGACUCUCACGAGUCUAG